UCCUCCUGCACCGAACGUAACCCAAUUAAUCAAAGUUGUGAAAUUUGUAAACAAAAAUACCGAAAUUGCGCUAACAGUUUUUGCAACGAAAGUUAAGGUGGAAGUAAAAGAUGAAAUGUUCUUUAAAUGGUCACAACACAAGAGUGCUAUCGAAGGCGAUCAAUUCAUUUUCUCGAAUUGGCAGCGAAUUGUAUCUGGAAGCCACUCAAAAUGGACUAAUCUUGCGCACGGUGAACGAUUCCCAAACGGCUUUUGCUGUGAUGAGCUUUGAGACGGGUUUUUUCACCGACUUCAAAAUCGAUCGCUCCAAUUCCGACGAAUAUUGCAACAAAUGCAAAGUGUCGAUGAAAUCGUGUCUGGGCGUUUUCAAGAAUACGAGACAGGUCGAAAAGUGUCAGAUCACAUUGAAUCUGAAGACGUCAAAGUUGCUGUUCCAGUUCAAUUGCCUUUUUGACACAAUCAAAACGCAUAAUGUUUCGAUCUUGGAACAGGAGUCGUUGAAUGCCGUUUAUAUGACCGACAAUCCACCGAACAGGAUGACUGCGCCGAAUAAAAUGUUCACGGAAAUUAUCAGCAACUUUCGAAUGUAUGACAAUGAAAUAACGAUUGAAGCUGCAACGGAUUUGGUUGUUCUGAAAAACAACAUCGACAUGCACACGGACAAGCAUUUGAUGCGCACCAAAUUGACGUUAAAAUCACAGGAAUUCACCGACUAUCAUAUCUCCGAUCCGACGACCAUAACAUUCUGUUUGAAAGAACUGCGAGCAAUAUUGAAUUUUGCCGACGCAUUGUCAUUGGAUAUGACCAUCAAUUUUGAGUCGGCUGGAAAGCCGGUCGUUUUUGCUUUUGGCAGUCUGGAUACGUUUACAGCGAAUUUUGUCAUGUCGACCUUGCCACCGGAUGAUUCGUCGCAAGUAGACAGGAGCGUAACGCGUCCCAUUACAAAGGAGAAACCAGCAAAUCGAAGAAGCGACAAAAGUUUACGAAAUCAAUCCGAAUCAAGAAACUUGACGAUAAGCCUAAGCGAAGUAGUUGAUCUGGACGCUGACGGUAAUGUUCACAUUCCUCCAACGAUGACGGCAGUACCAUCACAAUCGACCGUAUUGCCCAGCACCACGACCAAAACACACAUAGAAAAUGUGGCUGAUGGUGUCGAUAGCACCGAAGCAAAUUGCAUUCCAACCACACUGGCCACUACUAUAGCCACCAAUAACAAUUCUCAGGCCAAUAAGCUGAAUAAUCGCCAGAGAUCGCGCAGUCCAAUUCAUGAAGCAGCUAAUACAAAUUCAGUACGUGCGACAGCAUCGGACGAAAUAUGCGUCACAUUUCAGCCCGAAUCGACUACUGCAAAUGAGAAUGUCGACGAAGAAAUGGAAGUAAUACCACAGUCGCCGCAACCGACUAGACGUCGUCGAUUUAAAAUAUUUCCGAGAUUGUACAGCCAGACACAGUAUCUGUCCGAAGGUAGAGUGCUACAAGAGAAUUCGGAUUGUGAACUGUGAAAAUUGGCGGAAAAUUUGGAGUUUGUCGGUGUGGUUCGUGAAAGUGAAAUGUGAACAGUCCGAUGACGUUGCGAAAUAAAGGAUUUUUUAUUUUG